AUUCUGAUUGGUUUCUAAGUUGUAAGGCGCUUCUUCAAUUUUGCCUGUAGGAUACCUGCAAUCCCUUCUGGCCUUCGACCAUAAAGAUAACAGACUGCACCUAGCUAAUGGCUCAACAACAUUCACAGGUUGUGCCAGAUAAUGUGCUGUUACAAUUGUAUACAAGAGUUAACAAAGGAAUGCGCAAAACACUUUGUAAGGAUAUUUUUUGAAGUUGAACGAGCUCAUUGGUUCUAUGUUGAUUAUUGCAUUGAAAAUCCAUCAGUGGGUGGCGUCGAUAUGUUUGGACUUACCAAACAAUUAUUUGAAAAAUUCCCAUCUAUUGUACCUAAGGGUAUAAACUGGCAGGAAAAAUUUAUGGAAUGGAAGAAAUACCGUGGGACCACAGCUACCGGGAGUGCAAUAAUCAUUGAUGAAUAUUAUAAAAUGAUCCUUUUAGUCCAAGGAUUUUAUGGCAAUCGAUGGAGCCUACCUGGUGGUAAGAUAAAUCAAGAUGAAUCGCUUGUUGAUUGUGCUUCCCGAGAAGUUGUGGAAGAAACAGGUUUGGACUUAGCUAACCGUAUAUCACCAUCCUUGUAUAUUGAUCGUUAUAUUGGUGGUACUCUGAGACGGGCAUUCAUUGUUGAAGGACUUCCAAGAACGUCUCGUUUAAAACCUGGCACGAAAAAUGAGAUUGAAGCUAUAACCUGGUUUGAAAUUGCGGACUUGCCAACGUGUAUUCAAGACACUGCAACGAUUGGAAAACUAAAUUCCAAAGCAAACAACUUCUAUCUAGUGAUUCCGUUCGUUCGGCAACUGAAAUCAUACAUAAACCAACGAUUGCUGGGGAAACCUGCUGCAAUGGCUCUGAUUGAAUCAGAACGCCUUUGUGGUGAUUCUAUGAGCAAUAAUUAUCCUCAGAACCCAAUCAACAACUCACUGAAUAUGAACGCCACAAGUACACCAUCUAAGAAAAAAAAGAAUUCAAAUGUAUCAAAAAGUCGUAAUCAUUCUUCAUUAUCUGAAGAUGGCAAAGCUAAUUGUGAUAAUUCAAGGUAGUGAGUUAUUUAUUCAAACUAUUGUAUCAUGAGAUAAUUAAUAUGCUUCAGAUUAAGAAAUGAAUAAUUUAAACAGCGUUAUGAGAAGACGAGGAUUAUCUGAAAUAUGUGAUGUAUUAGCGCUAUACAUUUCCAACAUAUGUACUUGUUAAACUAUAUGGAAAUUUACGGAAAGGAUCAAUUAAGUCUCUAGGAAAUAUGAAAAUAGGAAGAGCAAAGAAAAAAUGAAACCUAGAUCACUUUCGGUAUGAAAAUUGAAAUCAGUACACCACCAAAAUAGGUUCGACGUGAGUACAAAUGGUUUUUAAUUUUCAUACCAAGAGUUUCAUAUGCGACUGACUUUCCUCUACGAAAUGAAAAUGAUUUUUAAAUUUAAAUACUGGUAUAGUGUCAUUUGUGAACGCUUAUUUGAGAAUACUAGUUUUCCUGUGUUUGCAAAUGACUGAGAAUAUACCCCAGUAUACUUAGCUAGAUUUGGUUUAUAUAGCUUAUUUCACUGUUUCAGGUUAGCACGGUUGAAUCAGACACAUUAAUCAAAUAAAAUUAAAACUGGAAGCCACACCUAAUUCAGUCAUCUUUUUUAUUAUUUCGAAAUAUUUUAUGAACUUGUUUUGUAGUGCACACAUCGUCUUAUGUUCAUCCAAGCUAAAAGUUUAACACUUUGUUCUACUGAAUUGUUUUGUCGUAGAGAUCAAAUGAACUCACAUAUUUCCAUCACCAGUGAACGUGAAGAAUGUAGGAAUCUCAGUGCGAAAUUCUCCUUCCUCUCAGUAAUGGAUUUAAAACUACAUUAUAAUCAAACCACACAGAGUAACGGUAAUAUGGAUAAUGACAAUGUUCUGCAAUUAAUCCACAUUGGCAUUCAUUUCAGCUUGAUAGUAAUAAAUUGUUAGAUUGUUUAUGUGGUAACAAGAUUCAUCUGAGUUGAAAAUGAGAAUUCGACGCGCAAUUUACCAGAAAGAGCGAAAAAAGAAAAAUAACUUUCUUACCAUAUCAUAUUUUUUUUAAACCAGUGAACAAUGUAAUAUACAGUUACUACUGAUUAUUGUUAUCGCUGUACUGCCUACAUGCAAUUUUAAACUUGGUUUGAAAUGCAUAUAUUUAUUUUCCCUAUUA